AUGAAUGUCAUACGUUUUCCAAACUUAAUCACCAGGCUACCCCGAACUAGGAGAGUAUUUUGUCGUUCACUGGGGUCGUCUAUCCCCUUUGACUUGAGUUUGGACACUCAAGUUGACCGAUAUUCAGAACUAAACAAUAUGUAUACGGAAAUGUUCACACAAGGUGAUGAGGUAAGAGGCACGCCAAAGGGGGAUGCUGGAAUUGAAUUGUCAGAGAUUGAUGCUUUCAAUGCAGAAAUCGCAGAUACAUACAAUUACUCACCGCAGGCGAUAUCGGGUUAUUCUUUGGAGCACAUAGUAAAGUCUCCAGGCAGAUUUAUUCUCCAAAGUCUGUCAUCAAAUCCAUAUUAUAAUUUGGCUUUGGAGGAUUAUGUUUUUCAAAAUACUACUUUUGCUAAGGGCCAACCAUUUCUUAGUGAGAGACUUCUGUUCUACAUUAACGAAAAAUGCGUUGUCAUAGGUAAAAAUCAAACGCCCUGGAAAGAGCUACAUCUUGACAACUGUUACGAAGAAGGGUACAAAUUUGUGCGUCGAAGAUCUGGUGGUGGUGCAGUCGUACACGAUUCUGGAAAUGUGAAUUACUCGUAUUUAACAUCGCGCGACAACUUUGACCGUGAAUACUUUAACAAACAAAUCGUGCGCUGGCUAAAAGAAAUUCGUCCCGAUGCCGCAAUUCACUUGAACCAGCGUGGCGAUAUACAUUUAGGUGCUUACAAAGUAAGCGGAAGUGCCUUCAAAAUCGCGAAGGGUAAAUCAUACCAUCAUGGUACGAUGCUCAUAGAUGCUGACCUCGCUUCUUUCAAAGGGUUACUGAAACCAGCUCAUCUCGAAGGUGUCAUUUGGUCUGGUGGAAGUGUUGAGAGUGUCAGAUCUUCGGUCAAAAACAUAUCAGAAGCUGGGUUUAACAAUACGGACGAGUUUAUGGAUAUUUGCUCAAACGGAUUUCGCAGCUUGUUGCAUGAAGAUAUUCCAGUUUAUUUCGUGGACGAAGUCAACACAUCAAACGAUGAAAUCGCGAAAACGGCUCGACAGCUUGCUAGCGAUGAAUGGCUUUAUCAUAGCGGUCCGAGCUUCACCGUGACCAUACAAGAGCACGAUGUCUCUGUCGAAAAAGGCACCAUAACGAAAUCUUCGAUCCCAGACACUGUUGGUCUUUCUUUUAAGGACUUUGUGCUCUCGCUGAAUGCGGGUCUUUUGGCUGAAAUAAAAACAAAAAUAUGA